UUUAGAAAGUGUCACAUUUUACUCGUCCAUUUUGGCGAAAAUCGGCGAGGAAGCAGGAGCAAAAAUUUGAAUUUUUUAAAAGAGAGCAGGAUGCCUGGUGUAACAGUAAAGGAUGUAGACCAGCAAGUUCUUACAAAGAAUUUGGCUGCGUUUUUGAAAAAAUCGGGAAAAGUCUUGGUGCCCGAGCAGGCCGACUACAUAAAGACGGCCAAGUUCAAGGAUACUGAACCCACCGACGCCGAUUGGUUCUACAUUCGCUGUGCCUCCAUCAUGAGACACCUGUACCUGCGCAGUCCUUCCGGAGUCGCGGCCUUGACCAAAGUCUACGGAGGACGCAAGCGCAAUGGGGUUCAUCCGUCAAAGUACUGUCGCUCCUCGGACGGUUGCAUUCGCAAGGCCCUUCAAGCCUUGGAAAUUGCUCGCAUGGUGGAGAAGCAUCCGGAUGGGGGUCGCAAGCUGACUUCACUUGGCCAACGUGACCUGGAUCGCAUUGCCAACCGUAUUGUAGCCAAGCAGCGAGAGACCUUUACACCACUCUCGAUAAUUGUCACCACAUAAAAGCAACAAAAAUAACACUUAAUUUAAUAAUUACUUUUCCGAAAACUUCACAUACAUAAAGAUCAUCUUUGAAUACUUGCAUUUUGAUAUUUUUAUAAACAUUUUUAUAAUAAUAUGUAUAAUUUAUAGCCACUUGAAGACAUUUAAUCCGCUCAAACAAUAAUAAUAUUUAUCAACAUACGCUUAUUUGACAUGAAAUGUUAACCCUUAACAAAGUUAUAAAUUAUAAUAAAAGAAUGAAAUAU